AUGAUGAACAAAGGAGCACCAGCUGCGACUACUACUACUACUCCUACUCGUAGUUCUGCUACUACUGCUGCUCAUCAUCGUCUCCCACUUGGGGAGAAAACCGAGGCCUGUGCUUUAGUGGCAGCAGGUGGCAAUAAGGAAGGAGACAAGAAGAUCCGAUUCAAGGAUGCCGUGGAGGCGGUUUUUCGGAUCGGUUCGAACCGGGAUCUUGUCGGUGCUGUGCCGAGUUUGGGUGCCGUUAAAGCUGCAGAGACUUACCUCCCAGUUCUUGAAUCCAAAGAAGGAAUUCCUAUCAGCAUGGAUGAUUUGGAUGGGCUGCAUACCUGGAGCUUCAAGUACAGGUUUUGGCCUAAUAACAAUAGCCGAAUGUAUGUACUUGAAAAUACAGGGGAAUUUGUUAACACUCACGGCUUACAACUUGGAGACUUUAUCAUGGUCUACCAAGAUAAUCAAAAUCAGCAUUAUGUAAUUCAGGCUAAAAAGGCUUCUGAUGAUCAUCAAGAUCAUGUAAAUAGUAAUAUUGACUUAACCAAGAAUUCAGCAGCAGCAAAUGAACUCGUCCUUCAAGAUUACGAGCCUAUAAAAUCAACCUUAUAUUACCCAACAAUGGAUCAUCUUCAUGAUUCCGGCAUGUCCUUUGUCUACGACACAACCUUCUCCGACGACUCUCCCCUUGAUUUUUUAUGCGGAUCAUCUUCCACCACUGCCACAAGCUACUCCCGGAUCGGAUCUCUUGACAACUUUGGCUCUGUCGAGAACUUAUCCCUCGAUGAUUUCUAUUAA